AAUCGUGGUGCUGCCGUCAUCAACGCAAGAAAACUCAGCAGUGCUACUUCAGCUGCCAAGGCUGUUGUCGAUCAAAUGAGAGAUUGGUGGUUUGGUACCAAGGAUGGUGAGUGGGUCUCCAUGUCCGUCUAUAGUGAUGGAACCCACUAUGGUGCUCCAAAUGAUAUCUACUUCAGCUUCCCAGUCACUAUCGAUGCACAGGGACAUUACAAAAUCGUUGAUGGUCUUUCCAUGGACGAUUGGAGUAAGGAACAAUUCAACAUUUCUGGUGAAGAGUUGAAGGAAGAGAGAGCAGCUGCCCUUGAAACCUGCAAAUAG